AAAAUUCGACAAAUUAAUGUAUUAUUGGUCAGUGUGUGUGUUCUUGUCGAUGAUUAUUUACACAAUGCUAAGCUUGCAUAUAAGCUGUGUCGUCAGACAUAAUGUGAAGAUCAUGAUGAAAUUCGUUGGAGUAGCCCUAUCAGGAAUUAGCGCCAUUAUCAAGAUACUAAGUUUCAAAAUAAAUCGCGACUCUCUGAUAAAUUAUCAUCGGACAUUGAAUGAUCUUUUCGAAGAGGAGCUUAUGCAGAAAAACGAAAAAGUUCAGACAAUAAUAUUUUCGCCUCUGCCUAAAAUAUCUACUCUAGCAUAUAUAUAUUUCGCCAUUCUAACAGGAAUCAUUUUCGCAUAUUCUAAGACUCCGUAUAUUUGUGUAAUUCAAAAUCUUCUUUAUUUUCAUUUAUCCACGAACUGUACCUUACCACUCAGCAUGGGAUUCGGAUGGUUCUGGACUGUUCCUGACAAUUUUUUAUUUCAUAUACAUAUGUUCUACGAAACAGUCCUCAUGACACUCAGCUGCAUGAUGGCGUGCAGUGUCGACAGCACUUUUGGCUUCUAUGUUUAUCAGUUCAGCUCGACAAUACGUUCCAUGAUGUUCGCUCUCACGAAUCCUCUGUCUACUGAGAAAUUCUCGGACCUCUUGAGAACAUGCGUAGUCAAACAUCAGAAGCUACUGCAAUGUCGUAACACGCUGGAGCACGUUUAUGGACCAAUCGUCUUUUGGCAUAUUAUCAGCAAUGCCGUGCUUCUUUGCACUAUAAUAUCCGACAUGACAUCAUUAUCAGGCAACGUGACCUCAUGUAUAAUAUACGCUCUAAUAAAACUGCUUCAAACAUUUAUGUACGCAUGGUAUGGCACUCUUCUCACAAAUGCGGGCGAGGAUUUUCGUCAAGGAAUAUACUUUAGCAAAUGGCUCAAUUCUAAUCUCGAUUGUCACGUAAGAACAAACGUUAUUCUGAUGAUGAUGCAAAAGCCAAUGACUGUAAAUGCAGUUUUUUCUCCCAUCGAUGUAAUCAUGUUUAGCAAUUUCAUGAAUGCUACAAUAUCCUAUUUUUUCCUGUUGCAAUCUAUGGAAUAA